AUGGAUUGCUCGAAGGUGCUCCUGCCCUGCGUCGCGCUCUUAGCCAUUGGAGGGUUCCUCACGUCGCAGCAAAAAAUCCGCGAGGCCGCCGCGACCGAUAUAGAAUACGUGCGCCACGAGAUUAGGGAGGAGGUCCACGGCCUCGAGUCGUGGUUAAGGCACCCGCACUCGAAGCACCACCCCGCGGCUGUGGAUGACGCGGGGCCCGCGGCCUGGCGCGACCUGGGGCGAGAUGUCGACCUGUUCCUGAAGCGCGUCGAACGGUUGGAGGCUUCCAACCUGGAGACGCUCAAAACUCAAAUCAAGCAAGACGAGAAAAAGCUGCGAGUAGCAGAACACCGGGACCAGACGACCCAUAAGACGCACACCCGCCACAACGCCAAGCCCGGCAAACUUAUUUGUGAUGGCAAAUCGAUCCAGCACGAGAUCAUCUACUGGAAGGACGUCCCGGGGGACAUGACGUAUGAAUCUCCGAUCACGCCGCACCACGCAAAUCACGAUCAAAAAUACUUGACGUUCGAGUAUGACGCGGGCGGCUGGAAUAAUGUUAGGAUGGGCGUCGAAUGCGUCGUCGUGUUUGCCCAUGCGACGGGACGGACUCUUGUAGCCCCCCCGGCCCAGAACUUGUACUUGCUCGGGGCGCCGAACCCGCACUCGCAGAAGCGCAAGUUGGGAUUCAACGACUUCUUCGUCACGGACCGUCAGUGCUCAGAGUCGUCGACGGCGCCUUCACGGGACCGCGGCGCCUCGACGGCGUGGUCGCGUCGAUGGCGUCGACGCGAUGCCACGCCGCCUCGACGCCGUCGACGCGGCCGCAUGAGAGUCUACGCGUCUCGCGAGAGAGUCGCCAUCGACGCGGCCGCAUGCGAGUGUCGCGACGGUAUCAAACACAGGCCUCGAAGCCCAAGAAGGCAUGCACAUGAUUUCCAUGGAGGAGUUUCUGAAAAGACAGCAGUCGGAAGUGGAGAUCUGGCGAAGGCCCAACGCGACGGACUUCUGGGGCCAGAAGCUCUGGAGAUAUCUCAAAAAAAGUGCGGACGUCAAGCCGGAGUACUCCGGGCAAGUCGUGGCCAUGGGCCGCUUAAAUCCGACAGCCGAGACGAAGGCCAAGGACGCGGAAGCGCUCAAGAAGCAAGCCGCGGGUCGGAAAGUGGCCGCAUAUGAUUCGAAAGCCCAAAACGCGCGGCACGUUCACUUUCCCGCUGGUGGGAAGCAUCGCCUGCUGAACCACUUUUAUGCGUUCGGUUUUUUUGGAGAUCCGCAGCAGCGCAGCUUCUAUCGGCGACUCAUACGAGACAGCAUGAGAUACAGGGACGAGAUCCAGUGCGCCGGGGCGCGAGUCGUGGAUGCUGUGAGAGCACACUCUAGAAGAUUAGGCAAUGAUGGCACGUUCUACGCCCUACAUAUAAGAAGGGGCGACUUCCAGUUCAAGGCUGUCAAAAUUUCUGCGGGCGAGAUCGUCGAGAACCUGCGCGGGAAUAGUAUCAUCCCGAGAGGCGCCUUGGUGUAUCUGGCUACCGACGACCCCGACGGCGUCUGCAAGGGCUGCUGGGCGAACAAGAAACCUUGUAAAGAUCAACUCGGAGUCGAGGGCUGUCCCAAGGACGCGUCGUGGGACGCCUUUGUGAGGAACGGGUGGCACGUUACGGUACUCAGAAACUACACGGAAGCUACCCACGGCACGAAUCCGAACUACUUCGGCAUGGUCGAUAGCAUCGUGUGUGCCCGGGCCGCCGUCUUCGCCGGGACUUGGUUUAGCACCUUUACGGGCUAUAUUCACCGCUUGAGAGGGUAUCAUGGGUUGGGCGAGGAGACAUAUUAUCAUUCUACCGGCAAGGUCGACCUGGCGCGGUCGCCCAAAAGUAUAGGGUCGGGCUACUCGCGCGAGUGGCGGAUCGGCUGGACGGACGACGGCGGGGCGAAUAUCUAA